UUUAGUAUUGAAGUUGUCGUUCAUGCUUUGGAUACAACGAAGAUUCUUGAGCCGUUGUGCCGAUUUACUUCGUACGGAAACGGCACAAACCUAUUUUCAAAUUAUAUCCGCUAAACUGAAUGCACUCCAGAAGGAUGGAAACAAUGAGUCUAGGAUUAAUGAUUCAGCUUCGAUCACGCACCUAGAAACUGUAACAACAUUAGCUCGCAGAUUUUACGAUAAAUUGGGAAUGCUCACAGAGUUGGAUAUGCUUUUGAAAGAGGGAAAUGACGCAGAAAUCCAAAAAAUUGCCAAGUUGGAUAGUGAACAGUUAACGGUGGAACUGGACAGUAUUGUGAACGAGUUAACCGAUGUCGUAAUACCUGUUACCGAAUAUGAUUCGUUGAAUAACUGCCAGCUAGAAAUCAUUCCAGGUGUAGGUGGAGUCGAAGCAUCUCUGUUCGCAUCCGAACUAGCUGAAAUGUACCAUAAUUAUGCGCAAUUUAUGAAGUGGAAAUGGACGCCCUAUCAAGUGGAUGCUUCACCAUCGGGAGGCAUACGUAGUGCUGUAGUUUUUGUUCGAGGUAACGGAGCAUUUCGUGCGCUACGUUAUGAAGCCGGUGUUCAUCGUGUACAGAGGUUUCCGGUAACGGAUAAAACACGCAUGCAUACAAGUACGUCUGUUGUAGCUGUUCUUCCAGAACCGGAAAAGAUAGAAGCUUGUGUGACACCAGCUGAUGUAAAAGUAGAAACAAUGAGAGCCUCGGGUCCUGGUGGGCAGAAUGUCAAUCAGCGAUCUACAGCGGUCCGCUUAACUCAUCGUGAAACGGGUAUAGCAGUGCACUGUGUGGAUGAAAGGACGCAAUAUUCUAAUAUGGAGAUAGCGUAUAAACGAUUAGCUGCGAUACUGUUACAACGGAAACUUGAUGAAACACAGAAGCAGUACUCAUCAUCCAGAAAACUGCAAGUAGGAACUAAGGCACGAGCCGAAAAAGUGCGAACAUACAACUUCAAGGAUGAUCAAGUUAUAGAUCAUCGUUUGGGUAAAGCUUGGCAAGGUGUUGCAAAUGUUAUGAAGGGGAGCAGUGUUUUAGAUCAAAUAAUUCAAUCUCUGGAUGAACUGUCAAAAGCUCAGCACUUAAAAGAAAUCUUGAGCGCGGAAGAUCGUGGUGCGAAACAUACUAGUUUUAAUGUUUAAAUUCAUGAGGGAAUAAAUAUUUACAUCUGC